UCACAAUUAUUAGGAAAUUACUAGUAAUGUAUACGAACAAGAAAAAGAAAAGAGAAGUGGAGGUAAAAGAGUAAAAAGAGGAGAGUGCUUUCGAAGACUCUUCCCUCGAAUAAACACAAAGAGGUGACAGCCGUUAUUAAUACCGCCUGCCGUACUUUCUUUUACAGACCACACACACACUCUCUCUUUGCUUACGACUUCCGAGACAAAAGAAAGUGAGAGAGAGAGAGAAAUAGAAUUCUUGUAAAGCUUUUGCCUUUUAGAGGAAAGAACAGUGCAGAUCUUAGAAGGAUCCGAAGACCCUUCACGGAAAUAAACCAACUAUAACAAGUCAAAAAUCUUAUUUUUACCCACAAGACAAAAAGUUGAAUUCCAAAAAAACCCUUUUUUUUUCUUCUUCUUCUUCUUCUCCUCCACAUUCUCUCCUCUCUCUCUUCUUUUGAAAAAAAAGUCUCGAGCUUUGACUUCCACUGUCUCUGUUGAUUUCUUGUCAUGUUCCUCUGUUUCUGGUAUAUCUGAAAUGACUCACGUGUUGGUACGAAGAGAGAGACAAGGAAGGAAAACUAGAAGAUGGGACAUGAAGAUGACCAUGUGUUUCUUCCUCUUUGUCAUGUUUCAGAUAAGCCUAUCCUCUUCUUCAGCUUCUGUUGAUUCUCGUCGUCACUUCUUCUCGACGUCCUCGCCGCCGAGGAAGACUCUGGUGUACGCAACGACGCCGUUUCGUGGGCCAUUGAGCAGAGAUGGUAACAUUUAUGGAGAGGACAAGAGAGUAGUUCACACGGGUCCCAAUCCUCUCCACAACUAACUUUUUGACGCGUUGCUAUAAUUGUCAAUUACCCUUUCACCCACCCCACCAAGACUACAAGCAAAACGCAAGUCGCAAACGCGGACCGCCGAUCGCGAUCCAGAGACCGUUUCUAUGAAAAAGGGAAAUUUGGUAUCCAGCAGAUUGUUGCAUCGAUUCAAAGCCUAAAGUGUGCAACGGCUUUUAUAGUAGUGUUUUAUAUGAUGUUGUGUUUCACUUUUUACAAAGUAAUUUUGUUGUCCC